AUGGUUACUCACAAGUCAUGUGACGUCAUGAGGGGUCUGUUGGCCUUCCCUACUCAACCCAGAUGUGCGCAGACCGUAAUCACUAGUGGAGUUGCUGUACUCGCUGCUAGCUCCAUACUCAUGGCUUCCCAAAGCCAUCUUCCUGAAUUUCUUCAUCUCCUCAUUUUGAAAGCUAUUUUAGUUUCUGGUUUUUUCGCGUUGAUCAAGGUACUCACACUGGCUACCGGCCCGUUGUUUCUGAUAGCAUUGGUAGCCGAAGGAAAAGAAACGUUUAAAUAUGAGGGAUAUGCACUCACUGCAUGCCUCUUCCUUGGGAAAUGCUUCGAAUCACUGUCAGAGAGGCAAUGGAGCUUUAGAACUAGACUUAUUGGGCUCCAAAUAAGGUCCUUGCUAACUGUAGCAAUUUAUCAGAAGCAACUAAAACUCUCAAAUGCUGCUAAGACAAACCAUUCUCCUGGUCAAAUAACAAAUUAUGUCAUGGUGGAUGCUUAUAGUAUAGGCGAAUUCCCGUAUUGGAUUCAUCAGACAUGGACAAUAGGCCUUCAGAUCUGCCUUGCAUUUUUAAUCGUAUACUACGCUAUGGGGACUGCAGCUAUUGCAGCGGUGGUAGUGAUUGUAUUGACCGUGUUGGCAAAUUAUCCAGUGGCCAAAUUACAGCAUAAGUAUUUGGCAAAACUUAUGCUGGCACAAGAUUGGAGGCUUAAGGCUAUGGCAAAGGCACUGACGAACAUGAAAGUCUUAAAAUUAUAUGCUUGGGAGACUCAUUUCAAGAAUUUGUUAGCAGUCUUGUCACAAAAAGGGUACUAUAUGGUUCUAUUUUGGGUAUCCCCAAUCAUGGUAUCAGUUGCUACCUUUUGGGCUUGCUACUUAUUUGGGAUUCCUAUCAAUGCCAGUACUGUGUUCACAUUUCUUGCGGCUUUCCGCAUUCUUCAGGAGCCCAUAAGAAUGAUCCCUGAUGUUGGGGCAGUGUUUAUUGAAGCAAUGGUUUCAUUCUCACGAAUCAUGAAGUUUCUCAAUGCACCUGAAUUGCAGAAUAGAUAUGCCAAGAAAACAUGCGAUGCGGAGCGAUUCAACCAAGCUAUAUUUAUUAGUACCACCAGAAGUUCAUGGGAAUCUAGCUCUUUAAAGUCAACUCUAAAUGAUAUAAACUUGGUGGUUCAUUGUGGUGAGAAGAUAGCUGUAUGUGGAGAGGUUGGCUCAGGUAAAUCGACCCUUAUAGCGGCAAUUCUUGGGGAGGUUCAAGACAUCAAGGGCAUAGUAAGUCUUCAACUACUUCUUUUACAGCUUGAAAUCUACCUGCUCAUAUGUAACCUCUUGCAAGGAAAUGACCGAGCAGUUUUAACUGCUUGUAUGAAGAUUUGUAGUUUUGCAAGGAAAACAGUCUUACUCGUUACCCACCAAGUUGAUAUCCUUCCAGCAUUCGAUUCUAUCUUGUUUGUGUCUGAAGGGAAGAUUGUGGAAGCAGCUACCUAUGAUCAGUUGUUAGCUUAUAGUCAGCAAUAGAACCUUGUCAAUUCUCAUAAAGUCACGUCUGAUUUGAACUUGCAAUCUGAGUUUGGUUUUGAAGAACCAAAAACACCAAAGGAAUAGAUCCAGAAAAUUUAUACUGAGUGACAUCGAAGAGAAUCACUUGGAGACCAGUUGAUUAAGGAAGAAGAAAGAGAAAUAGGAGAUACGUGUCUCAAGCCUUGAAUACAGUGUCUGAAGCAAAGCAAGGGAUUCUUGUACCUCUUCCUUUUGGUUAUCGUUCACUGUGUCUUUAUAAUUGGGCAGCUUGUACAGAUUACAGAGCUACGGUUCGCUGCACAUUUGUAGGAGUCAAGUGUAAGCAGAUUGGAGCUGAUAUCAGUAUACUCAUUGAUAGGGUGUGGCAUGUUAAUAUUCUUGCUCCCAAGAUCUUAUCAUGUAGUUUUUCUGGGUAUUAAGACAUCGAUAGCUAUUUUUUUCGAGUUAGUGACCUCUGUCUUCCGAGCACCAAUCUCAUUAUAUGAUUCUACACCAUUGGGAAGGAUACUCAGUUGGGAAAGAAUCUUUACAAUAAACAACUCUAUGAAUGCAUAUUUUAGCUUUGGAGUAUUGGCUUCCCUCACAUGGCCUAUCUUGUUUGUCAUCUUACCUAUGGUUAUUGUUACCAUAAUCUUACAAAGAUUGUACUUUGCCUCUGCAAAAGAGCUGAUGCGAUUAGACGGCACAACCAAGUCUUCAGUUGCUAGCCAUCUUGCUGAAUCCGUUACUGGAGCGGUGACCAUCAGGGCUUUUGGCUAGGCAGACCGGUUCUCUUCAGAAAAUUUGCAACUUAUUGAUGCCAACGCGAGUUUAUUCUUCCACAAAUUUUCAGCAAACGAGUGGUUGUUCUAGUGCCUAGAAAUCUUGUGUGCAAUUGUUUUGUCAUGUUCAGCGCUUGGCAUAACUUUCCUCUCCAAUGAUGCUUCCAAAUCAGGAUUUAUUGGAAUGGCACUAUCAUUUGGUCUUUCACUUAACACAUUUCUCGUUCUUUCGGUCCAAAGCCAGAGCACAAUGUAAACAAUUAUUGCCAUAGAAAGGCUAGAACAAUAUAUGCAUAUACCUAGUGAAGCCCCCCCAAAAAUAGAAGGCAAUCAACCAGCCCUGAACUGGCCGGAAUUUCGUAAAGUUGAGAUCCGUGAUAUGAAGGUUAGAUAUCGAUCUAAUUCUCCUCUAGUACUUCGGGGGAUAAAUUGAGUAUUUGAAGGAGGGGACAAAAUCGGAAUUGUGGGACAUACAACUGUUAUCAAUGCCUUGUUUUGCCUCGUCGAGCCUACUGAGGGAAGUAUCAUAGUAGGCAAAAAUACAAGUACUCUUGGGCUUCAUGACCUGAGAUCACACUUGGGGGUCAUCCCACAAGAUCCAACUCUCUUUAGUGGGUCUGUUAGAUACAAUCUAGACUCGAUAAUGGAGUAUACUGAUCAGGAAAUAUGGGCGGUUCUUGAAAAAUUUCAGCUAUGGGAGGCGGUUCAAGAGAAAGAGGAGGUAUUGGACGCCUUGGUUGUGCAAGAUGGAUCAAAUUGGAGCAUGGGACAGAGGCAGUUAUUCUGCCUGGGACAAGUACUACUGAAGAGAAGGAAGAUACUAGUACUUGACGAAGCCACUGCCUCUAUCGAUAACGCAACAGAUUCUGUAAUCCAAAAAAUAAUCAGAACGGAAUUUGCAGAUUGCACUGUAAUCACAGUGGCUCAUAGAAUACCCACUGUGAUGGACUCCACUAUGGUUCUUUCCAUUAGUGAUGGACAAGUAGUAGAGUACGAUAGGCCGACGAAGCUCAUGAGUAACGAAGACUCAAUACCAUAGAGAGAAGUAGAAUAUGAAGAGAUGAUGACAGAAAUUGAUUCACAAAGCAGAGUAAGGCUACAUGAUUCUGACCUUCCUUAGUCCACACUUGAAGAGCCUCUUGCAUUAAGCUGCCAGCCUGCCAAUUUGUGUCAAGUUAAGAAGUACGG